AUUAUUAUUCCCUUUAAUAUUAUUAUUAUUCUUCCUUCCGCAGAGGGAUUCGAACAAUUCGGAUAUUUUCAGAUUAAUUCGCCGGCGAUCUGUUUUCAGAUCUUGGAUCUCUAAUUCCCUGCUGUUGAGGAAUUAUGUCGCUUGUGCAGCCGCCACGUCAUUCGCAAAGUGGCAAGUUACGAAGAGAUUGUAGAACAUCGUAUGCUGGAAUGGGCAAUUUUGCCAUUAAUCGUGAUUCGUAUCGUGAUUUAUCUCAAAAUUAUAGGCUGGAUGGACUCAGUUACGACUGUACUUGGCCUGUCUCUGUACCUUGUUCGAAAAAGAGAAAGAUUUCGGAUUUGUCUUGUGAAAGCACGGGUAUGCCUUAUGAACAUCAAUACGCGUACCGAAAUGAUUAUGUGAAUUACGCGGGCCAGCACAAACCUCCCAAAGACAAUAGUGCUUCCCAUUUGGUCAGGAGUAAUGAUGACAGUUUGUAUGCUUCGACUAGCUCAAAGCGCGAUCGGUCGAAAUUUGAAGAUGACGAAGUGGUUUUUAUGUCAAGAGAUGAGAUUGAAAGGUGCUCUCCUUCGAGAAAAGAUGGUAUUGAUCCACUACACGAGACGCAUCUUCGCUACUCGUAUUGUGCCUUCCUUCAGAAUCUUGGAGUUAGCCUCGAUCUACCACAAACUACUAUUGGAACUGCCAUGGUUCUGUGCCAUCGUUUCUUCGUUCGCCGCUCUCACGCUUCUCAUGAUAGAUUUCUGAUAGCUACUGCGGUCCUUUUCCUUGCCGCGAAGUCCGAGGAGACAGCUCGACCUCUUGAUGAUGUAAUAAGUCUGUCGUGUCAAAUUCUCCACAAGCAGGAUGUUAGGCUUCUCUCGUAUAAUUUGCCCAUUGGUUGGUUUGAACAAUAUCGGGAACGUAUAACUGAGGCUGAGCAGUUGAUCCUAACAACCUUAAAUUUCGAGCUAAAUGUGCAGCAUCCGUUUGAAUCUCUGACAGCCACUCUUAAAAAAUUGGGCUUUCAACAAUCCGUCAUAGUGAAUCUGGCUCUGAACUUCGUCAGUGAAGGGAUCUAUAGAGGAUUAGCAUGCUCACCUUAUGGUAUAUUAGUAUCUGGCGGUUGAUGUGCUGUUCGUCGAAUGUUUUUGUUUUUGAUCUGAAGUUGCACUAGAGAUAUCUUGUGGAUGCCUUUUUCCAUAUUGGAUAUUCUUCUGCCUGUUCACUCUGAUUCCCCAUAGGAUGCCGGUGAUUAGGCAGAAGAAUCUUUGUGAAUAUUUUGCCAAGAUAGUCUUCGACUCUUCAUUCCUUCCUGCAAAAACCAUUUGCCUCUUACAUUUACGCCUUUCAGUUUUCAUCCUACCAUUGCACAUCACCCACUAAAAGACACCCACCCCUGUUUCCUCGUCUUACCUAUAAUUAUUGCACUUGCAGAAAGAGAGAGGGUCCCUAAUUGAUUUCUUGAUUUUGAAAGUGAACUUGGCACUUUCCUGCCGGUCCUCUUGUACUCGAGUCUUGAGCUACAAUAUCAACCUGUUUGGACUAAUCGUCCAGGAAAAUCAUUCACAAGUUUCAAAUUUUCUUUUCUUUUGAUCAUGUUCGAUUUGUUUCGUUUAUUUUUGGGUGGGGUAUGGGAGUGUGGGGGUGUAGAGGGAUUUCCAUGUCUUUGUUGAGUUGGAAAAAAAACAUCUGCGGAGUUAGAAAUGACGGGGAAUAAUGAAAACCGUUAUAAAAAAGGCGAAUGUGCUCUUUUCUACAUGCAUACAUGAAGGAACAUCACCCUUCGUAUUCCUUUUUCCUUA